GGGAGCAUGGGGUGUUUUGAAUAAUUAUUAAAAUUAGCAUGUGUCUGCGCCAUCCUGUGGGUGUGGCGCAGAGCGGAGUGUAAACUCUAGCGGGGCUCCAGCAAACAUUGGAUUAGCGGUAGCAGCCUGCCAGCCUGCCCGUGGAGUGCGGGGACCAGCUCGCGGCACGUCGACCAGCACGAUGGCCUCGUCUCAGGGGAAAAACGAGCUGAAAUUCGCCGACUGGAUGGCAACUCUGCCGGAGAGCAUCCACAGCAUCCCCCUCACCAAUUUAGCCAUCCCAGGGUCCCAUGAUUCCUUCAGCUUCUACAUUGAUGAAGCCUCUCCAGUAGGCCCUGAACAGCCAGAAACUGUCCAGAAUUUUGUCUCUGUGUUUGGAACUGUAGCCAAGAAGCUGAUGCGGAAGUGGCUAGCCACUCAAACGAUGAACUUCACUGGUCAGCUAGGAGCUGGAAUCCGUUAUUUUGAUCUUCGAAUUUCCACCAAGCCCAGAGACCCAGACAAUGAACUCUAUUUUGCUCAUGGUUUGUUCAGUGCCAAAGUCAAUGAAGGCCUUGAAGAGAUCAAUGCAUUCCUCACAGAUCACCAUAAGGAGGUAGUGUUCUUGGACUUCAACCAUUUUUAUGGAAUGCAGAAAUAUCACCAUGAAAAACUGGUCCAAAUGCUGAAAGACACCUACGGCAACAAAAUGUGCCCAGCGAUUUUUGCCCAGGAAGUGAGUUUAAAGUACCUGUGGGAGAAGGACUACCAAGUGCUGGUCUUCUACCACAGUCCUGUUGCUCUGGAAGUGCCCUUUCUCUGGCCUGGGCAGAUGAUGCCAGCACCCUGGGCCAACACCACAGACCCCGAAAAACUGAUCCAGUUUCUUCAGGCGUCCAUCACCGAGAGAAGAAAGAAGGGCUCGUUUUUUAUUUCUCAGGUGGUGCUAACCCCCAAAGCUAGCACUGUGGUCAAAGGUGUGGCAAGUGGCCUCAGAGAAACAAUCACAGAAAGAGCUCUUCCUGCCAUGAUGCAAUGGGUCCGCAUGCAGAAACCAGGAGAGAGUGGCAUCAAUAUUGUCACUGCCGAUUUUGUAGAACUUGGUGAUUUUAUCAGCACUGUCAUAAAGCUCAACUAUGUCUUUGAUGAAGGAGAAGCCAACACUUGAUACUACCAUUUGGAGUGUCCGUGAAUAAGAUAGAGACGACUCAUUGUAUUAGGUGUAUUAUCUGUAAACACUCUGAGCUUCCUAUUCCACUGAGUUUUGGAAAGGAUUCGGGCUUGUAGUGGGUGGGAAAAGGGGGAAAUCAUUUCUUCAGUGAUUAUGUCACACUCUACAUUACUAUAAAUAUUUCAUUUCAUAUUUGAUGAGCGAAAUCUACUUCUAGUGUUAGGGAUUAAAAAAGAAUAGUGAGUUUUGUUUUUUGAAAUUAGUCUUUUAACGUACAAUUCAUGAGUGGUUACUUGAUUGCAUUUUCUAAUUUUAACUUAGGGCUCCUUUACUGUCUAAACCCUCUAACCUUUCCACUCCCUCUGUUGCUCGCUCUUUCUAAUCAGCUGCUGUAUGGUACUCAAAACAAUCGAAUGUCCAACAUAAUGUGUAUUACUUUGUUUGUACUGAAAUUUAUUUGUUUUGUGGGACUUGAUAUAAUAUUCUGUAGUUGUCUACAAUUGGGCAAUCCUAGCUAACUUUUGGUCAUAGAAAAUGUGCAUCAAAUCAGUUUCCCUGCAUCAGUGAUAUUGGAGGCCAUAAUCAGUGAUUUUUGUGUUAUAUAAAAAUAAUAGCGUGUCACAGUGUUUCUAUUUAAGGCAGCUAUAACUAUAGUGUAAAAAUUUUUUUGGUAGGACCCAGUGCCAACUCCCUAGGAAAAAAUGAAGAGUGAGGUGUGUAGGGUGAAAUGGAUGCUAUUUUAAUUCAGCAAUCCUUAAAAGUAAUAGUGCCCUGCAAAUGCCCUUUAAAUGAUUUUAUAACAAAUGUAUUGAAAUCAGAAAAUCUGAAUUCUUCCAAGAGUUUUCUUAGGAAUUUUGAUUUAAAUAAAAGGAAGAAAAAAGAAAGAAAUGAAAGUCACAUUUCCAAAUAUGUACUUCUAAAUCCCAGGUUUUAAGGAACAUUUCUCAAGAAGCUUCAAUUCAAGUUUUGACUGGAAGAAAGGAGAGAAGAGGAGGAGCAGAGGAGUUUUAAAGAGCAAAGCCUUUCAAACUAUGUCCACCCAACCACAAUGAUCCAUAAAAUAUCUCUAGAAAAUCCUUGAAAUACGUGUGAUCUGGGCAGACUUGUUUGGAAUUGACAAUGACUCAUCACUUUUGGGUUCUAUCCUGUUUAAGAUUAAGGCAGGGGGCAAAAGCUUCACACAAAGAUUCUGUGACCUAACUUUUGAUAAUUCAGCUACAGGAAAGAGCGGUGAUGAUACACUGCAUCCUUUUGGUGUCUUUACCAUAGAUGACAAUUAAAAAAAAAAAUAUUUUUGGAAAGCACAAUGCCCCUUACCUAUUCCUGCUUCACAGGAAUAUUGUGAGGCAUUUAUACAGAUCUAUAAAAUUUGUUGAAAUUUUUAUGAUGAUGAAAUAUGUGUAUCUUCACAUUUAGAAUUAAUCACAUCUCCAUAUUUUUGGGUAAUUCCAUGCAAAUUCAGACUAUGGAGAAAUAAAAGCAUGCCCUCAGCUUUUAAUUAAUCCAAGGGCAAGACAUAUGACUUAAUCUCUUAGAUCUAGGUAAGGGAGUUGAUUUCAAGAUUACAUAUGUCAAGAUUGCAAAUAAUCAAGAGUUGAUUUUGAGAUUAUGAAUGUUCGUUGUCAGAAAGUAGUACUUAAUAGCAACUGCAGAGAGAGAAUAAAAGUUUUUAUACUGAACAGAAUGUUCAUGAAAAAUGUAGUACCUGUUUAGACCAAGUAGCACACAUAUACAUAUAAGCAAUGGAUAUGUUUGUACAUUCCAGAUGAGUGUAUAUUCUUUGUCAUACACAAUAUAACAACACAUACCCACUCCUAUGCAGGCAGACAGAUACAAAUAUACACAAACAGACAAAAAAUAGACAGACAGAUAUAGUACAAUUCUUUUCAAGUGAAAACAUUGAUAUUAAACAAUUUAAUUUUAGACUAAGUCCCUUAACAAUGUACAAAAAAGAUGGACAAAACCUUUGAAAAUUGAUUAGCUGAUCACAUCAAACUAUUUUUUGUAAACAUAUUAUAGCUUAGAACUUAAAUAUUUACAAAAUAUAGUCCUCUUCUCUUCAUAUUCUCUUCCCUUACAUUUUUUUCUUUUUCUUUUUCACCUGUUCUUUAUGUGCAACUGAACAUAAAUCCUUUUUAAAGGGUUAUGGACUGUUGAAGUUUAUGUCCUGUAAGUUUGCUCUUUUUUCCUCUGAUUAUUCAUUAUUCAUCCCUCCAGAUAUUUAGGCAAUUACACUUGCAAUGACACAGGAUUUAACUUAUAAAUAUGAGAGAAACAGAUCUUUCAACCUAUUAAUGAAAAUGAAUAAAAUAUAGAGUUAACUAUAUUAUAUUUUCUUGAACUUAAAUGCUUUCCUAUAAUGUUUGCUUAGAAUUAACUUUGUUAUAUUUGUCAUUUGGGUGCUGGAAAUAACAAACUUGAGGAAGCCUUCGACAGUGCAGUUUCUUAACUGGGGAAAACUUCUUAUGGCUAUUAGCAAUUUUCACACAGAAACUUUGUUAGACAAAAGGUACUUUCAAUCUAAUGUUCUGAUUUCCAUGUGGACACACAAUGCCAUCUAUGUAGCAGGCACUAAGAGUAAACAGACUUGCCUUAAUUUCUAAAGGAGGGUAGAGGUAGAAAAGAACCAUUAAAGAACUCACUAAAGAGUUUCCUUGGGAAGGGGAUGGCAAGGAGAUGCCUUUGGCUGUGUUUGUUCAUUGUCCUGCCCUGGAGCCCUCUUAGGAAGCAGGUUGUGGGCAUUAUGUGGAAAAACAGUGAUGCAAUCAAAGCUUACCCUCCACCUAUGCUCCUUUGUCUCAGGUGGGCAUCGUGUUUUGGGAGAGCUAGGAGCACAAGGGCUACAAAGAGGCCCCAAGAUGUAGCAAACACGUCUUGGUGCACAUUUUGUUUUGCUUCUAAAGACUUUAUGUCACAAGUCCUACAAGGCAAAAAAAAAAAAAAAAAAAAAAAAAAAAAAGAAAAGAAAAGAAACUAAAAUCCAACCUUUACCCAAUCUUCAGCAGGAAAUCAAAGGAGUGGGUGAAAUGAGGGGAAAUAAGGAAAGGAUAUCAUUUUUACAUUUGCUUUCCUGUCAGUAAUUUUGGAGGACCAAUAUGGUGAAUACUUCCCUGCCAUUAUCAUUGAUGUCUCCUUUUUAGUACAUAGUCAUGUGAACAUAAGGAAUGAGGAAGCAUCCUUUAAAAGCCUUAGGAUAUUCUAUAUGAUGACCUCAAUAUUCACUUUCAGCCAUACUGGGAAAACUCACUUUUCAUGGAGUGCCACCUAACAGUGAAUGUACUAGAAUAUAAAGUGUUUGGCAUGAUGCACCUGUGUGUGUACACACACACACACACACACACACACACACACACACUCACUCAAGUCGGAACUGCAUCUGAUUAUCCAACCUGGUUCUUUUGCAAUUCUUAAAAUCAAUCAUCUCCUUUGUUAGAAGGCAUAAACAUAGUUUAAGUAUUUAAAUAUUUAAGGGGAGAAAAAUUAUUAGAAAACAAGUGAAAAGUGAGACCAUCAGAAAGAGCACACACAUAGCAGUAAUGGUGUCAUUACAUAAUCAAUGGCACUUCAAGCUAGAGAAUCUAAGCUGGACAGUGAACUUUGAACAUGCAUUACUCACACAUAUACAUCUUCACUGAAAGGUGUUAUAAAGUCCUUUGAGGUUCUAACCUGUUUUAGUAAAGCAAGGUUACCUGUUGGUUCUCCCCUUUUAGGAUUCCAGACUAGAAAGUUGGAAGUCUCAGGAAAUGCAUGUUUUCAUGAGUUGUUCAGUUCUACAGUUUUACAAAUAUUCAGUGACACAAUCUUCUAAUCUUUGUUUGUUCAACCAAACAGAAGCUCCAUAGACCGAGUGUUCACCUUUUGAUUGCUAAGGGAAAAAUAAUGCAGUGUCCCUCAGGCUAUGCUAAAUAAGAUUUUUAAAGUGUUUUAUUUAGAAGCACUUUUGUCUUUUCGAGUAGGUUUCAGUAACACUGUGGUGUAAAUGCUAUAAUUUAUUUUUGGUGGCUCCUGUGUUCCAUAUGGUUUUAAAUAAUGCUCCAAAUUGUUUUCCCAAUGACAAUGAUAAAAUGUUCUGUAGAAUUUGUAAUAGGUGUUGACUAAAUCUGUUAAAACUUGUGUAAUUUUUAUUUUGCUUGUGAUACUAUUUAGUAGUUAUUACUUCUAAAUGUGUAUUCAUAUGAGUCAAACUAUGUGCUUGUCAGUGGUAUGUGUAAGUAUACUGUAUCUUAUUAAAUAUCAAACUUAUCCUAAAGAAAAAGGGCACAUUACGAACAGCCUUAAUUUGUCACCAGUUUUUGGUUUUUGUUGUCAUUGCUGCAAUUUGGAUUUAAAGCUUAAGCAGGAAUUAUGUUUUUGUUAAAGAUGACUUUUUAAAAAAAUCUCAUGUGGCAUGUACCUUAGAACUCAGAUUCUGAGGGCCCACAAUCAGACUGUCCAGCUUGCAAAGCACCCGCACUUUUCAAAAUUACUAAGCAGCAAUUAAUUCACUAACUUCAUCAUCAUACAAAUAGACUAAAUUCGUUUUUGCUUCCAAGUUGCAGACCCAGUGCAUUGCUAAAGUUCUUCUUCCCAACAUGGAACUCUGUAAAAAGAUGUUCUGCUUUAAUAAUAACUUUUCCAUUAAAAAUCAUCUUUCUCUAGACCAUUAUUUUUGAAAAUUGGAUCUUCUGAAGUGAAAUGAACCACCUUGACUCUCUGAGAGUUGCUGAAGCUCCAUCACCUGAUGUGGUUCCAACAUGAUUCUCUUUUCAAAAAAUAAGCAUGUUGCACUCACACUAUUCCUGUGUAUCCCACCAGUAGAAAUCUCAUGACAAAUUUAAUAGUCUACACUGGCAGUCAUGCUCAAAGCAAAAACUUAGCAAUCUUCUUUGGACUGGGAUCUGGAUAUGAAACAUUAAUUAAUUUUUUUAUUUCCUCCAUCUUCAAAUUUUUCUUUCCAUUAUUUAGGGUUUAAGUAAUAUGCAGGUCAUCACUGAAAUUCUAAUUUUGGACAAAUAAGAAUUUUAUAUAGUUCAUCAGAUAUACUAAAAAUUGUUUAUAUGAAAUGCAAAUUUAAAUGGCUAUGUCCUGUGUUUUUUCCUAAAUCUGGCACCCUAUCCCACUGCCUCUCCAUCUUUUUUCAGCUGGGCUACCUAUGAGGAGCAAGAUCUACUCUCUCAUGUCACUCUGUUAAGACCCCUUGUACAAAUCUGCAGCUGGUGUACCUUUCAUGAAAGAAAAUUCACCAGGUCCCAGACAUGUUUUAUAAAGAACCAAUUCAAAAAUAGAUGAGAGUAGCUGGAUCUGGUGGCACACGACUUUAAUCUUAGCUACUUGAGAGGCUGAGGCAGGAGGAUUGCAAGUUAAAAGUCAACUUCAGCAAUUUAGUGAGACCCUGAGCAACAAUGAGACAUUGUCUCAAAAAAGCGGGGAGGAUAAUCAAGCAAUUAUCAUCAUCCAAUUAAUGCCACGGCAUUCAAAAUUUCCCCUCGCUGUCCUGUUUUGAAGCACAAAGUUUCCCCAUUUAUUCCUUAAGAAACAUUCCCCAGUAAUUGGGACAAUGAAAAACACACCUGAACAUUGAAAAUGCUCUUGUAGAGUAGCAGUACCUUCUACCUUAGUACCAGGACCCCUUUUAAAAUUCAGUUUCUUUUUCCUUUCAGAGAGUUAACAAAUUAAUCCAUUGUCCCUUCAUCUCCAUUAACACCUUACCACAAAAUAUGUCUAUCAGUCUAAAACUAGUCAUCUAUGCAACUGUAGAAAAUUUGAUGUAGAAAAGAACUCUACCCUUCGGAAAGAGAGGAGUCUGAGGUAUGGCCCUGUCAGAAGCUCAUCAAAACAGAUGGAGUUGAGGAGCAGUUCUGGGACAGAACACUAGCACCUGCCAGGGAGAAUGGCUAAAGAAAAUUAUAAUGACCAGUCCAUGUUUGUAGGAAUUGAAAACCCAUGAAUCCCCAGAUUAUGAGAAUGAGAUGGUUUCUAGAAGUUUUCAGAGAAUAGAAGCAUGUAGGAAUUCCUAGAACAAAGCUUUCUAACACUGCUGUUUCCAACAGUGAAUCCUUGAUAUAACUGAAAGUGAGUGGAGUCUUAGAAUGACAUUGGUAGCUAAGUCCUGCAAAUAGUAUAGGAAAAUCUAAAACCCUUAAUAUAACAUUUCCAUCUUUUGAUUCCUGCCUGUACAAAUUUGUGUUCAUUUGCUUCAUUCUGGAGGAUGAGACUUUGCAAAGCUGGUGACAUUUUCUUCAUUAUACACCAGAAAUUCACCAGAGGGAGACAGAUCUGUGCCUUCUCUUUUUAGGAUCUGGUCAUUGACACUUUAAUAAACGUGUUGUGAAAAAAUUCAUGCUUACAGUCUGUAUAGCAAAUGUGAAUUUUUUUGAUAAUAUUGUGUUCUUAAUGUAAAAAAGUUUCUUUGUAUCCCGUGAAAUGCUAAUAAAGUCCUGGCACCAGUUAUCUUUA